AUAAGCAUGUAGAACAUCCCCUGGUGUGCUCAAAAUAUUUUUCCUGGGUUGAAGCUGAAGCAGAAUGUCAAUGAAUUGAAAGAAAAAAAAUAUUCCAUGGAAAUUCAGCUUCUUCCUCAGACCCACUGCAUGAACUCACUCACUUCCAUGCUUAAUAAAACCCUUCUCUUUUCCUCGUCUUCUAGACUUGUACCCUUAUCUUCAUCUUCAUCUUCAACGACAAAGAACAAUCUCAAGCUCUCUUCUGCUCCUCUCAAGGCGGGUUGGUUGGACUCUUUGUCUUGCCCUCCCGAUGAAGACCCGACCCGGACCAAUGCGGAUUCCACUUGGGUCAUUGGUAUUGAUCCUGACCUCUCCGGUGCCUUGGCCCUCUUGAAAACUGAUUCCUUUGGUUGCUCCACACAGGUAUUUGAUUCGCCGUACUUGCCUGUUCAAGUUGGAAACAGAGUUCGAAAACGUUUAGAUGCCAGGUCAAUCGUUCACUUGGUUAAAAGUUUAGAGGCUCCUAUUGGCACUGCAGCGUAUAUAGAGCAAUCUAUCCCCUUUCCUAAAGACGGGAAACAGGGUUGGUGGAGUGGAGGAUUCGGGUAUGGAUUAUGGAUCGGGAUACUAGUUGCCUCAGGGUUUUCUGUAGUUCCAGUAUCAUCGUUGUCGUGGAAGAAAGAGUUUGAACUCACUGGAGCUGGCUGUACAAAGGAUGAUAGUCGGAGAGUUGCAUCAACUUUAUUUCCCACAUUAAGUGAUAUGUUGAAAAGGAAAAAAGAUCACGGAAGGGCUGAGGCUCUGCUUAUUGCUGCAUAUGGAAAAGGCCUGAGAAUGAAGGUAGACUCAGCACUUGUUGUGGAAAGGUCAGUUCAAUAAUGCCAGCAGUUCGUACAGGUGCCCUACUUCCCAUAGUAGUCUCAUCUCUUUGUUGCUGUAAUUUUAACUGGUAACCAUCGUCUUAAGGCUGAUUUGAAUGGUGAAUGGUAUGAAAAGAGGAAAUUAUAGACGCUGAUUGGAUAUUGCAUUUGGAAAGCAUAGUGAGAGUUAGCUUGCUUGAUUGGUGCUGAACUGUUGAUAUCCACUAAUUUUGUGAUAUAUUGUAAUCUUUAGCUUUUAGACAAUUAGCAUAAGUUCUUCUGUUGCCUGAUAUUGGUUUUAAUGCCAUAAAUAGUCGUACGGCCUCUGAAUUCCAUGGUUAGGGUCCACGUUCUCCCAAA